ACGGAGCGCUCGCUCGGCUCGGCCAGCCUUGCCCCAGCCCAGCCUUGCCCCGCCGCACGCCCGCACGCCCCCGCGCCGCUCCACGCCCGCCGCUCCGCAGUCCCGCCGCUCCGCAGCUCCGCAGCCCUACCGCGGCCGCUGCCCGCCCGCACUUCGCCCUCCCUCUCCCCGAUUACCAUAUUCAUCAGCGGCGGGACUCGCCGGCUGCGCGCGCGUGUCCGUCUGUCCGUGCGCGCGUGUCCGUGCGUGUGCGGGGCGCGUGCGGUGGGUGCAUGUGCGUGUCCCUCGCCCUUCCUCGCUGUCCGCCGGCAAAAAAAAGGGCUCAGUUUCGUCGCCUUCGCACGGAGGGGCAAAAUUGCACUGACUUUAUUAGCUGAGUAGUUUUAAUUCCCCAGUAGCUAGAGCCGUAAGGAUUUGUAAGCGCCGAGCCCGAUGGAGCGCUCACCGGAGCCUGCCCAGGGCUGAAGAGGUCCCAGGAUUCUUGAGCUGAGCCCAGCUGACAAGCUUUUGAAGAUGGCACAAUAACAGUCCAGUGAUGCCUGACCAUGACAGCACAGCCCUCUUAAGCAGGCAAACCAAGAGAAGAAGAGUUGACAUUGGAGUGAAAAGGACGGUAGGGACAGCAUCUGCAUUUUUUGCAAAGGCAAGAGCAACGUUCUUUAGUGCCAUGAAUCCCCAAGGUUCAGAGCAGGAUGUCGAGUAUUCAGUGGUGCAGCAUGCAGAUGGGGAAAAGUCAAAUGUACUCCGCAAGCUGCUGAAGAGGGCGAACUCAUAUGAAGAUGCCAUGAUGCCUUUUCCAGGAGCAACCAUAAUUUCCCAGCUGUUGAAAAAUAACAUGAACAAAAAUGGUGGCACGGAGCCCAGUUUCCAAGCCAGCGGUCUCUCUAGUACAGGCUCAGAAGUACAUCAGGAGGAUGUAUGCAGCAACUCUUCAAGAGACAGCCCCCAAGAGUGUCUUUCCCCUUUUGGCAGGCCGACUAUGAGCCAGUUUGAUGUGGAUCGGUUAUGUGACGAGCACCUGAGAGCUAAACGCGCCCGAGUUGAGAAUAUAAUUCGGGGUAUGAGCCAUUCCCCCAGUGUGGCAUUAAGGGGCAAUGAAAAUGAAAGAGAAAUAGCUCCGCAGUCUGUGAGUCCCCGAGAAAGUUACAGAGAAAACAAACGCAAGCAAAAGCUGCCACAGCAGCAGCAGCAGAGUUUCCAGCAGCUGGUUUCGGCGAGGAAAGAGCAGAAGCGAGAGGAACGCAGACAGCUGAAGCAGCAGCUGGAGGACAUGCAGAAGCAGCUGCGCCAGCUGCAGGAGAAGUUCUACCAGAUCUACGACAGCACCGACUCUGAAAAUGAUGAAGAUGGCAACCUGUCUGAAGACAGCAUGCGCUCUGAAACCAUGGACGCGAGAGCCGGCGACUCUGUGGGCAGGUCGGACAACGAAAUGUGUGAGCUGGACCCGGGGCAGUUCAUCGACCGGGCGCGGGCCCUCAUCCGGGAGCAGGAGAUUGCGGAGAACAAGCCGAAAAGAGAAGGUCCCAAGGAGAAAGAGCAAGGGCCAAAUGCUUUUCACCCUGAAGGCAAGCACUUGGCCGAGACGCUGAAGCAGGAGCUCAACACCGCCAUGUCACAAGUCGUGGACACAGUGGUCAAGGUUUUCUCGUCCAAGCCUUCCCGCCAGCUUCCUCAGGUCUUCCCGCCUCUCCAGAUACCACAGGCAAGGUUCGCUGUCAAUGGAGAGAACCACAACUUCCACACGGCCAACCAGCGCCUGCAGUGCUUUGGGGACGUCAUCAUUCCCAACCCCCUUGACACCUUCGGCAGUGUCCCCAUGCCCAGCGCCACUGACCAAACUGAGGCGCUGCCCCUUGUCGUCCGUAAAAACUCCUCUGACCAAUCCGCCUCGGCCCCACCGGCCGGUGGCCACCACGCCUCCCUGCACCAGUCCCCACUCUCAGCCACUGCUGGCUUCUCCACCUCCUCAUUCCGCCACCCCUUCCCGCUCCCUCUCAUGGCCUACCCCUUCCAGAGCCCGCUGGGCGCCCCGUCGGCCUCCUUCCCAGGGAAAGACCGUGCCUCCCCCGAAUCCCUCGACCUGACCCGGGAGACCACCAGCCUGAGGACCAAGAUGUCAUCACACCAUAUGAACCACCACCCCUGCUCUCCAGCCCACCCCCCCAGUGCCGCUGAGGGCCUCUCCUUGUCCCUCAUAAAGUCUGAGUGCGGCGACCUGCAAGACAUGUCUGAAAUCUCUCCCUAUUCAGGAAGUGCAAUGCAGGAAGGCUUGUCACCGAAUCACUUGAAAAAGGCCAAGUUGAUGUUCUUUUACACCCGGUACCCAAGUUCCAAUAUGCUGAAAACCUACUUCUCAGAUGUAAAGUUCAACAGAUGCAUUACCUCUCAGCUCAUCAAGUGGUUUAGCAAUUUCCGUGAGUUUUACUACAUUCAGAUGGAGAAGUAUGCGCGGCAAGCCAUCAACGACGGGGUCACAAGCACUGAGGAGCUGUCUAUAACCAGAGACUGUGAGCUGUACAGGGCCCUGAACAUGCACUACAAUAAAGCAAAUGAUUUUGAGCAGGUUCCAGAGAGAUUCCUGGAAGUGGCUCAGAUCACGUUACGGGAGUUUUUCAAUGCCAUUAUCGCAGGCAAAGAUGUUGAUCCUUCCUGGAAGAAGGCCAUAUACAAGGUCAUCUGUAAGCUGGACAGUGAGGUCCCUGAGAUUUUCAAAUCCCCAAACUGCCUACAAGAGCUUCUUCAUGAGUAGAGAGUUCAGCAGCUAUUUAUGAAUGUAUGAAAGUAGCAGUCCCCUUCUGAUGCCCAAGUCAUGUGUCUCUAUUUUAAUUUCAUAUAUAUGUGUAUCACAUACAUAUAUAUGUAUAUGAAAUUAGACUGUGAUUCCUCCUGGAUUUAAGUUUUCAUUUGGUUCCAAGGGGACGGUUGUUUUACUUCAGCCUUCAGUUUACUUUUGCCCAAGACCCUUAACGUUUGGAGAAUCAACGGGGUUAAUUUUCAGGGAGAAGAGUUUGGAAGCUUGUAAAAGCCUGUCUUAGCAAGUUGGGGCAUUAUGUUUAAAAAUGCUUUGUCAGAUUUAUUGCUUGCUGCAAAGUGGCAUUUUGUCUUGGUGAGACUAAUGUCAUGGCACAAUACUACAGACAAUGAAGUUUAUAUUAUGUUUAUACUGCUAAAGGUCUGAACUCUGUGGAGUCACCUCAUAAGCUUCGAGCUUUUUUUUUUUUAUAUAUAUAUUCUUUUUUAACCAACAACUAGAUUUUGUUUCAUACUACAAAAACAAAACAAAACA